AAAUGAAAUGUGUGCGCCAUGACGCGCCGGUGAAUUUUGUUAAAAAACUGACGUAAUUUUUGUAUAUUAGUUUACAAAAGAUUUCACAAUGGCCGAUCAAGUCGACUCAAUGUCAGACGCCGAGCUUCGGACAAAAUUGGCCGAGCAUGGGUUCCCUAUCAUGCCAAUAACAGCAUCCACUAGGAACCUGCUGGUAAAAAAAUUGAAACUUGUGCUCGAUAAUAAAAGUAAGCCGAGGAAUAGUGUUGACAGUAAGGUCGAGAAUAGGCGGUCGCUCGCCCGGUAUUCAAGUGGUGAAGAAUCUGACUUAGAUACGACUAGUAAUGUUAAAGAGAAACGUGGUCGCCGUGCUACAACGGGUGGCGCAAUGUUACCACCUGUGAAUAAAGCUAAACGACAGCCUGUUAAAAAAGGUUCACCUGUAAAACAGGACUCUGAUAAGGGAUCUGAGUCUGAAGAGGAUAAACCACCUGUUCGCACGCAUGAAGAAGUAGAAACAGUAACAACGCGUCGUGUUACCCGCACUUACGCCACUAACGAUCAAGAUGACUAUGAAACAGGAUCUGAUAGUGAUGUGGAUACUGGCAAAAAGACUUCAUCUCCAUUCCGAAGCAACUCUCGUUCUAGUGACUACAUUUCUAGCACUUUACCAACUGUUGAUGCUGCAACUAGCCCUCCAAAAACAUCUUUAUUUUCACGUCCAUCCAUAUCACCAGGGUUUUCAUCUACUCUCUCAUCAUCAGACCAUUUAAAUUCAAUUCGUUCAAGACUUGGAUUAACAUCAACUUUAGGAGAUAAGCCCUCAGUCAGCUCUUAUAAACCAAGUUUCCCAUCCAGUUCAUACCAAGCAUCAACAGAUGAAGUAGAAUCGCCAUAUCUUAGUAAUUUUACGAGACGAUUGUCUGCAUUAAAAAAUGAACAAAAACCAAUGUCAUAUGUUGACCGGGACACAAACAAUGGUAGCACAAUACUUUCACGUAGAUCAUAUAUAACUGGAGUUCCAAGGUCCGAUGAUUAUAAAACAGCCAACGACAAAAAAUUCUUAAAGAAUAAUCUUGUAUCUUUGGCUCUUGUUGUAUUAGUUGCACUUUUUUUUUUUUGCUUAUUUUUCAUGUAUAUAGUUAAGAAAAAUGAUAUCACAUCAGUGGUUGAUGAUCAAAAUAGUGUCAUACCAAUUUGUCAAUUAAAUAUACCAAACAAUAGGCCAGGCAUUAACUGUGUGCCUAAAGAACAAGUCAGCUAUGCUAAAGAUCUUUUGAAAGUUAUACAUCCUGAAUUGACAUCUCUUGCUGCUGCAUACAAAUGUGGAACUCCUGGGGUCAUGCCAUAUCUCACUGAGCGAGAAAUUAUUGACAUUGCUAAUGCCAGAGCAGGCUCUGUUGAUAUUAGUCAGUGUCGGACAGAUCUUAAUAACUUGCAAGUUUUAAUAGUCAAUAACCCUCGAUGGGGACUCAGUGUUGUCCAAUUAAAGAACCUUUACACUAAAGAUGUUGAUUAUACCCCCAUUAUUUCUACUGAUAUUGUAGUACAGCAACGAAAUAAAGGGAGCGUUGCUUUGGCUCUAACUGAUCCAUCUACACCACUGAGUUGUUUUUUAAUUAAUACAUUAUAUUCAGCUGGAUCUACUCUUAUUCUAGUUGGACUUCUAGCUUUGCUCUUACUUGGCUUACAAAGAUUUUACUCCUAUUAUAUGAGAUAUCAGAAGAGAAAAAGUGAAGAGAUCUAUUCUAUGGUGGAACAGAUUAUAGAAGUGAUAUCCCAAGAGACAGAAGAUAGUGGAGAACCCUACAUAUCUGUGGAUCAUGUCCGUGACACUCUUAUUUCACCACAAAAUAGAGAAAAAAUGGCUUCAGUGUGGGAUGCAGCUGUUAAAUUCAUCCAAAGAAAUGAGAGUAGAGUGAGGAUGGAAGUGCAGUCUGUAGAUGGUGAGGACUGCAGGGUCUGGCGAUGGAUUUCAGCUCACAGCAGCCCUAAGCGCAAUGCUGCAUGGCAAGGGCAGGCUUUUGAAACUCAAGAAGGCUCUGUCAACAAUUUGACUGUAUCACCAACACCAUGUCUCAAAAUACGCCACAUGUUCGACAAAAAUGAUACAAAUCCAAAUCUGAGGACUGUCAUCCAAGAUGCUAUUCUAGAGAAGUGUGGAGAGCGCUGUAACAUUUUACAUAUUGACAUAGAGAGAAUGUCUUGCUGUGUGUAUGUGAAAUGCGCGACGCCGGCAGACGCUGGAGUUGUCUACCGUAGCUUGCAUGGGUGGUGGUACGAGGGCAAUCUCAUAACUGUCAAGUACUUGCAUUUGGAACGUUACAUGCAACGGUUUCCAAACUCGCCCUCUGUUGGUCCAUAUUUGAAGUCUUCUCGUCAGCGUCGAAGCAACUGGGAAGAGUGA